AUUUCAAAGCAUCAGGUCAGUCUAGUUGAUUCAUGUCACCGAAACCUACAGUCUAGCGAAUUUGAAAAUUGUUUGAUCCUGUGUAUUAUAUCAAGUUGACUAUAUACCUACGACUGUGCAGCUGUUAUUUGGUACUUGUUGCUUAAACUUUGAACAUGAGGAAAUUAAUAUGUUUGAUAUACAUGCUGUGGAUGACUAAUGAAGGAAUUGGUUUAUCUCUUGAUCCUGUUGCGUCUAGUGAACUCGAACAAUACAUGAAGGAUGAUUUUAUUAUAUCACUUCGUCACAUAAGGCCACGAAGGAAAUUUCGGUUAACAAUAGAAGCGUUGUUCAUGAUUGAUUUUCCAGCUGCUAAAAGUAAAUUUUCUUUUUAUCUUGAUCGCAAAGAAAAACGAGUAACCAUCGACGUUAACACGCACACCCAAUUAUAUUCAAAGUAUUUGGAUGUACCAGAGAUGAACGAAACGACAACAAUACGAUCGUUAGCAAUUUUAUUCAAACAAAACUCGUUGGUUUUGUAUAUCGACUGCAAAGAAAGUUCAAAGCUAGAUCUGGUGAUCGAUAUCCCAAAAAUGUUACUCAAUCUGGAGGAUUCAAAGGUCAAAUUGUUCAGAGAACGAAAAUAUCCCAUUCAUUUGGAUUCUUCUGUUGAAUAUGCUCUUUCGAGAACAAGUUGCCAAAACUUACUUAAAAGAAAACAUUUAAAGAAAUCUGGACCAUCGGAAAAACUGCUCAAAAAUAAAAACGAGCAAGUUGAAGAUGACAUCCCCUACGAACGCAACAAAAAGCGUGAAGUUCGGAACUGGCAGAGAGGAAACGAAAAACAUCGCGAGGAACGCUUCGAAACUAGAAGUUCCAACACGAGGGGUGAUAUACCAAUUUUGCACGGUGACUGUGAUGAAAAUACUUCUAAAUUGUUAAACGAGUUAAUGGUUUUAGUUAAAGAGCUACGCGUAGAAAUUAGAAAACAGAGAGAGGAAACUCAGCACCUACGAGAUUUGAUCGAAAAUUGCGCUGGUUGUCAGAAGUCCCCAGAGGCUCUGCGAGAGAGUUGCCAAAACCAAAACCCUUGUUUUUCCGGAGUGCAAUGCUACGACACACAAUCUGGAAUAAGAUGUGGACACUGCCCGCGGGGUUACAUCGGAGAUGGAAUAAAUUGCAGAACUGGAACAACUUGUGCGGAUAGGCCUUGUUUCUCAGAUGUGCCAUGCUUUGAUACAACAGAAGGAGCGCAAUGUGGUCCAUGUCCCAAUCGAUACAUUGGAGAUGGUAGGACAUGCCAUUUAAGGAAAAUGUGCGACGAUAAAACUUGUGCAGUAGGUGUGCAGUGUUCGGAGAUAGACGAAUCGCCAUAUUACCGAUGUGGUGCCUGUCCGAUUGGUUUCAAAGGAAACGGAACUAUUUGCCAUGAUAUAGAUGAAUGCGAUUUGAUUGAACCAUGUGACGUACGAGUUCGGUGUACGAAUUUAGCUCCCGGAUUUAAAUGCGAACCUUGUCCUACUGGAUAUACAGGACUUCAUAGUGGAGGUCUGUAUGCUGCCACUUUCGAGUACGCUUUACAAAGACAAAAAUGCAUUGAUAUCGACGAAUGUGUCGAAGGUUUCGGAAGAUGCGGCUUAAAUUCUGUUUGCACUAAUACAGACGGAUCAUACGAAUGUCAAUGUAGUCGAGGAUUCCUCAAAAACUCAACGCAUGGAUGUUCCUCGGUGGAGAGAAUGUGCUUGGAUGGGACAGUUUGUGAUGAUAACGCUGUAUGCAAACACACAGGAAGUAAUAUGUACAAGUGUAAGUGUAAAGUUGGUUGGGCUGGUGAUGGUUUCCAUUGUGGUAUGGACAGAGAUUUGGAUGGUUGGGUUGACUUCGAUUUAGGUUGUUCCGAUAUUAGAUGUCGUCCAGACAAUUGUGUUAAUGUCCCUAAUUCAGGACAAGAAGACGCAGAUAAAGACGGCAUGGGUGAUGCGUGUGACCAAGACGCAGACAACGAUGGUAUUUUAAACAAUCCUGAUAACUGUCCAUUGGUGUAUAAUCCAGAUCAGUUGGACACUGAUAAAGAAGGUGGUGACAAACAAGGUGAUGCAUGUGACAAUUGUCCUACUAUAGCAAAUAUUGAUCAACACGAUGUUGACCAAGAUGGUAUUGGUGAUGCAUGCGAUCCCGAUAUAGAUAAUGAUGGAAUCUUGAAUAAUAGAGACAAUUGCCCAAGGAAAGCCAACUUUAAUCAACUUGAUAGUGAUGGUGAUGGAGUAGGAGACGGUUGUGAUAAUUGCCCAGCUGUUGCUAAUUUGAAUCAGAUGGAUUCAGAUAAUGAUUUAAUUGGAGAUGCUUGCGAUAGUGACAUCGAUAGAGAUCAUGAUGGCAUUCAAGAUAGUAGGGACAAUUGUCCCAAGCUAGCCAAUUCAGAUCAAUUGGAUACAGAUGGCGAUGGUCGAGGAGAUUUGUGUGAUCUGGAUGCCGAUAACGACGGUAUUUUCAAUGCGGUUGAUAACUGUCCAAUUGUACACAAUCCAAAUCAGACAGACGCUAAUAAUGAUGGUAUUGGUGACAUUUGCGAGGAAGAUUUCGAUUUGGAUUCAAUUCCAAAUUACUUGGAUAACUGUCCGAACAAUUCAAAAAUCUUUUCAACAGACUUCAGAACAUAUCAAACUGUCGUUCUUGAUCCAGAAGGGGACUCUCAAAUCGACCCUAAUUGGAUUAUAUACAACAAGGGUGCAGAAAUCGUUCAAACACAAAAUAGUGAUCCAGGUUUAGCUGUGGGUUACGAUGCCUUCGGAGGAGUAGAUUUCGAAGGAACAUUUUUCAUCGAUACAGAAAUAGAUGAUGAUUACGUAGGAUUCAUUUUUAGCUAUCAAGACAACCAUAAAUUCUAUGCGGUCAUGUGGAAGAAGAAUAUACAGACUUAUUGGCAAGCAACUCCAUUCCGAGCAUCGGCAGAACCUGGUAUUCAAUUAAAACUAGUUAACAGUAAUACAGGACCAGGUCAAAUGCUUCGUAACAGCUUGUGGCAUACGGGUGAUUCAAAGGAUCAAGUGAAACUUUUGUGGAAAGAUCCGAAAAACGUUGGGUGGAAAGAACGCACAGCUUAUCGUUGGUUACUGCUGCAUCGCCCAAAAAUUGGAUUGAUUCGUCUUAGAGUUUUUGAUGGAGAAAAAUUAGUGGCUGAUUCAGGAAACACUUACGAUUCAACUUUAAAAGGAGGUCGCUUAGGCGUAUUUUGUUUUUCUCAAGAAAUGAUAAUAUGGUCCGAUUUGGUGUACAGGUGUAACGAUUUUCGGAAUAGUGAGAUAUCAGUUUAUGACGAUUUCACCAAAUACUGUGCUGCUGAAAGUAAUGGCGAAUAUAUUCUAAAAAGCUGCAGUUCAAUCACGUAUGGAGCAAUUCUGAGCUGAACCGUCCAUAAAUGGUAACAUUCUGGCACAACACCAUUCCAUUUACAUGAAACUUUGCAUGUGUCAUUUCAAUAGUCUCGAGAUUUUUUUUCACUCAUGACUAAUUUUUGAAAAAUGCGUAUGUAUUCUAAGCAA